UACCCACCCCCCCACCACCAUCCCCCCCUCUUCGCCAUGGAUGCAAACUGGACCAGCUUUAUAUUCCAGGAUUUAUAUAGCCCCAACAAUUUUUGCAACGCCUUACAACAUGAGGGCAGACAGUACAACUACAAUACAAUUCCAUACAGGAGGAAUCAGAGGGCCUUGCUGACCCCUCCGCCACCCCCUGCCGAACCUCUACAGGUUGAACUUUUGCCGGUGUUGGCUACAGUAUCUGCACAGCAGGAUGGAUCCCUCUCUUCCCAGGCAAUGGUGCAUGCCAUGGCAUCCCAGCACCCUUCUACAGUGGACACGGCAGCCCUCAAGCAGGUGGUGCCAGGUCUGUCCCUUUCCCAGCAAAUGACACUGACGCACAUCAAGUCAGAAGAAUGCCCCGUCGCCACCACCACCGCCCUUCCCCUGCACCCCAUCAUGGAGCUGCCCAAGAAGUCCAAGAGUCGAGGCCCCUACAUCUGCUCCUUGUGCUCGAAAGAGUUCAAAAAUGGCUACAACCUCAGAAGGCAUGAAGCGAUUCACACGGGCACCAAACCUGCCCGGGCACAGCCAGCCACCGUUAAAAUGCCCACGAUGGUGCCGCUCAGUUUGCUCAGUGUUGCCGGCGCGCUCGGAAGUGGUACAGAAACCCUGGAGGUGCCCACCUCUCCUUCCAGCCUCCCCCUUUCGGUGCCCGGGCCCGCCCCAACGGCCAAGAAGGUGCGCAAGAACCACGCCUGCGAGAUGUGCGGCAAAGCCUUCAGAGAUGUCUACCACCUGAACCGCCACAAGUUGUCGCACUCUGACGAGAAGCCCUACUCCUGCCACGUGUGUCAGCAGCGCUUCAAGCGCAAGGACCGGAUGACGUAUCACGUGCGUUCCCACGACGGCACGGUGCACAAGCCCUACAUCUGCAGCCACUGUGGAAAAGGAUUCUCACGUCCUGAUCAUCUGAACAGUCACGUCAGACAAGUUCAUUCUUCAGAGCGUCCAUUUAAAUGCCAGACCUGUGAAGCUGCCUUCGCCACGAAGGACCGUCUGAGAGCGCACAUGGUGCGACACGAGGAGAAGGUCCCCUGCCACGUCUGUGGGAAGCUCCUUAGCGCUGCUUACAUCACGGACCACAUGAAGGUUCACAGCCAGGGUCCGAACCACGUGUGCGAGCUUUGCAACAAAGGAACCUGCCAAGUCUGCCCUAUGUCGGACCCAUCGGCCGCCGUGACCGCUGUCCUGCCCAACACUACUGUCCCUGGCAUCUUGCCGUCGCAGCCCUGGUGACUGGCUCUUCUGGAGGGGGAUACAGACGCUGCGGCCUCUCUCUUCUGAUGUGUUUGUGUACAGACUGAUGGGGGGUGUGAUGGCUCCUCUAAUGCGCACAUAAUGUAUUAUGAAGAGGGGGUGCAUGUAACCUCCUCCGUCGCCUUCAACCUCCUCAGGGAGGAACUAAUGAAGGUGACACUGAAGAACAAAAAAACAAAAAAGGAACACCAUCCAUACCGACAGCUUGGUAUUACCAAUACCCUAUUGCCCUAUAUUCACUACUAGACACGAGCUCCACUGGGCAGAACUUUAUACACUACAUCCCCCUGAGUGGCGGGAAGAGGAGUGCAGUGUUUAAUCGGCAUGUGGCCCUCGUCGUGAAACAUUCCAGUCCCGCUGUUGGUUAGAGUGGCUGGUGUGGAGCUGGCACACAGGGAUGACACGGGAUGGGCCACUGCAGUAGGGUAAAGUUGGCCACGCAAGCUUGACUAGCAGAGGUGGACUUCACGAGACAUUUUAUCUGCAGUUUACCCAGGUUGUCGGACAGACGCAGCGUCCUGUGGAUGGUGUAGACCUAUUUUCAUUUUAAUGAAUUUUAAUAACACUA